GCUAUGCAAAGGUUGAAAAAAGCAAUUGCAGGUCCUACUUCAACGCGGCAGGUUCUGCAGACUUCUCUGUCCUCUCCAGCGUGCUGAACAAGGAUGACAUGCUACUGGACAAUGCAAAAAGCUGCUUGGGAAUUAGCGAAGUGAGUCUUAGCAAAAACCAUGUGGAGGUGCUGGGAAACAUGGUGUGCACUAUGGACGGCUCCUACAUCCAAAACUCUGACCCCUUCAUUCUGGAGAAACUGAAGAACUGCAAGGACUUCACCGACGCUCAAGUCAUUGCCAUGGAGACGCUUCUACUUUCAGGGACAACACAGUAUGGAAAAACGACUACAUGGAAUCAACAAACGUUGGAAGACCUUGAAACCCUGCCACUGUAUCUGACCCAAAACUUCUGGAGCCUGUUCACAACAGAGGUGAAAGGGAAGUUCCUCAAGUCCUUUAUGCCCCAGCUGAGGAAGCAGGAAACAGAGAAGAGGAAGCUGAAGACAUUGUUCAAGCAGAUCAACUCAAUCAGCAGAUCCAAGAGAGGAGCAGGAUGCAUCACUGGCAACAUCACCCAGUCAGUCAUCGCAGACACCUCGUUCCCCUUUGGCUAUGACAUGACCCAGUUUGACCUCUGUCUGGACACCAGCGUUCUGAAAGACAAUCUGGCCGCUGUCACUAAACAAGUCGACGAUAACAACUUCCAGAAGAUCGUUUUAGUCAAACUAAACCAGGCUUAUCCAUCUGGAAUUGUUGACGAGCAGCUUAAGGUGCUGGGCUCUGUGUCGCGUGUGGCCACUCUUGAUGACAUCACAAAGUGGAGCAUCACCAAAAUCGACACACUGUCAGCACUGAUGGCCUUUGGUGAUGGUCCAUGGGAAACAGCGAAGAGUAAGGCAAUCAUCACAACAUACUUGAACACGUCAGGUAACUCCUUGGGGAGCUCUGAGUUAAAUGCCAUUGGUGCUAAUCUGUGUUCUUUGGACGUGAGCGUACUGAAGACCAUCACGCCAAGCAGUCUGAAAAAUGCCAAUUCCCUGGAUGUGACCUCUUGCUCCACUGAACAGAAGAGGGCUGUAUACAACAUCAGCAAGAGUUCUUUUAGCUCACAGCGUAUCUCUAAUCCAACAUAUUACCAACUCAUCAGCCCCUACCUAGGUGGUGCUCCCAUUGAAGACAUAAGGAGCCUUGCAGCUCAGAAUGUGAACAUGGACAUAACCACAUUCAAAGGUCUUGAGAGCACUGUACUUCCUAGUCUGACCGUGAGCGAGGUGAAAGGACUUCUGGGUGCUAACGUGGAUGAUCUGAAGACAUUUGAGAAUGACACGGUUGUUCAUGCGUGGUUAAUCGCGCAGCCUCAAUCUGAUCUGGACAUGUUGCGGCUGGGUCUGACUGGAGGUAAAGAAGCUUCCACUGUGGUGGUGCCAACAGCGGUGGUCCCCGUCAACACCACCAACACCACCACCACGCCAGCACACAACGCUGUCACAGCCAAGCCACUACCAGUCACCACAAUUCAGAAUGGUGUAGGUGAUGGAGGAGCACAUCCUGGGAAAGACCUGGGAGCCCUCUCUCUCUGUCUGGCACUGGUCACUGUCAUCCUGCAGAUGAUGUGAGACGAGAUGAUGAGACCAUAGUGUGGACCAAGCAUCUUCUCAAAUGAACAGCAACGACCUGUUUUUCUUUUAGAAUUGUUGAAUCGUCUUGUACUUAUACUUAUAACCAAGUUUACAAAUAUUUUAUUUAGCCAAUCACGUUUUAAUCAUUUAUUGUUUUUGUCAUUCUUGUUUWKYAUCACUCUUGUAUGUAAUUAUCACAAGUAUAUGUCUAUAUAUAAGUUCUUAUUGGAACAUUCCAUAAGAUUGCACAUUUAUAUGUUUACAUAUUUAAAUGAUCUGUUGUCAAGGAAUGUAAAAUUCAUGAAGUAUGUAUACCUGUCCUUGUACUUAACCCACAAAUAUGACCUAUGUAAAGUUAGGGCUCUAUUCAAUCAGUAUCGCUGCCCAAUAGAAAUAUAAAGGUAGAUUCCGAUUGAGCUAAAAUAUGCCGUGUUUACCGCGAAUGCAGUCUCUGCUAACGUGGGAACAUUGACUUUACAUUUGAAUCACGCUGUAAUGCUGAACUUCCGUGAUACGGAUUAAAUAGAGCCCUUUGUUCAUAUUUUUCUUCAAAUUAAUAAAAUGCAAAUAUACCAUC